CUCAUGCAACGGGAAACAGGCCGUUUCGACCAAAUUGUAGCAAAAUCUCUCCGUCAAUAAUAGGAAAGCCCUUGGUCCCAUCCGACUCUACGCACUUCUUCAGCCAAAAGUACCAACCAUUGGCUGGCCACGUUCCAUCCAGAGUCGACUUUACUUUCAGCUCCAGCAUCGAAAUACGCACGCGAAUUCACGUCAAUCAUGUCUUAUCCCAAUAAUCUGGGUUUUAUAGGGCUGGGCGUCAUGGGCUUCCCCAUGGUUCAGAACCUAGCCCGCAAGGUCCCAAGCACAACAUCAAUCCACGUGUUCGAUAUCUCGGAGGAGGUGGUGAAGAAGCUGGCGGGCGAGUUCCCCAAUACCGUCUUCGCCAGCUCGAGCGCGAAGGAAGUGGCGUCUAAAUCGGUACGUCUCGGCAGUUGCAAGAAACGUGGAUGGCCAAAGCCUAAUUAAUAGUUCAGGAUGUGGUACUGACCAUGGUCCCCGAGGGCUCGCAUGUCCGGUCCGUCUUCCUGACCCCGGGGACUGGCGUCUUGGAGGCCGAUUUGUCCUCCAAGUUAUUGAUCGACUGCUCCACUGUGGACACGGAAACCUCUCACGCCGUCCGACAACGGAUCCUCGAGGUAGCUCCCUCGGCAUCCUUUUUCGAUGCACCGGUAUCUGGGGGAUCCCUCGGCGCAGCGAAGGCCACCUUGACCUUCAUGCUUGGCUGCAGCGAUGAUGAACCCCAGCUGCCGACACUUCAGCUGCUGCUUGGAAUGAUGGGGACUUCCAUUUUCCCAUGUGGCGGGCCUGGCCUUGGACUCACAGCCAAGCUAUGCAACAACUACUGCUCUGGCCUCAUUGCCAUAGCCACCUCGGAGGCCAUGAACAUUGCCAUGAAAUCGGGCAUGGACGCCAAAGUGUUGGCGAGGAUAUUCUCGACGAGCACAGCACAAAGCACCAUCUCAGACAAGUGGAAUCCGGUCCCAGGGGUUUGUCCAGAUGCCCCAUCCAGCCACGGAUACGAGGGGGGUUUUAAGAUACAGUUGAUGAGGAAGGACUUUGCUCUCGCUGUCGAAGCAGCAAAUCGUGUUCAAGCCAGGCUGGCCCUUGGAGAAGCCGGUCUCAAGACGUAUACAGAUGCGAGCAACGAUCCUGCCUGUCGAGACUUGGACUCGAGAGUAGUGUUUCGAUAUCUUCAAGGACCGGACGGGCGUAGUUAGUGCAUUGCCAGCGUGCCUGGAAGACAUUCUCCUGCUCCUUUUUAGAGUAUGGGCCUCUAGUGACCUAAUAGAUUCUCACGACGGAAAGUUGGAUAAUAAUUAUUACCACGUGGAGGGAACGGAAUUAUGAGACCUAGCAAUGACUUCCAUUAAUUAGUCAAUGUGAUGGUCACACUUCCAGCCCCUCGUUAUCUUUGCCCC